AUGGUAACGACGCUCGGCCUGAAGAUGGCGGCCGAGACGGUUGGAAGAGCAGGUUCCUCGGCUUCAGGCCGGGGCCCGAGCCGGUGGCACUGGAGCGGUUCUUUAUGGGUCCGAGGCGUUUUACUACUGUUGGGCGGGCUCCGGGCAAGCGCUACAUCUAUUCCUGUCUCCUUGGGCAGUUCUCCUACCUGCCGGCACCACGUCCCCUCUGAGUCUGAGGUCAUAAAUAAGGUCCAUCUUAAGGCAAAUCAUGUUGUAAAGAGAGAUGUUAAUGAACAUUUAAGAAUCAAGACUGUCUACGAUAAAAGUAUUGAAGAGUUGCUCCCUGAGAAAAGACACCUUGUAAAGACCAAACUUUUUCCACAAGCUGUUUCUUAUUUAGAGAAGACUUUUCAGGUUCGUAGACCUGCGGGCACCAUAUUACUUAGUAGACAGUGUGCAACAAACCAAUACCAAUACCUACGGAAGGAAAAUGAUCACCAUAGAUGCUGUACUGAGGAAUGUGCAGAGCAUACCAAAUGUGGCCCCAUUAUAGUGCCUGAGGAGCACCUCCAGCAAUGCAGAGUCUGCUGUGGGGGUAAGUGGCCCUGUGGAGCAGUGGGUGUGCCAGACCAAGAGGGAGUCCAGGAUGCAGACUUUGUUCUUUAUGUUGGUGCUCUGGCCACUGAGAGGUGCAGCCAUGAAAACAUCAUCUCUUAUGCAGCCUAUUGUCAGCAGGAAGCAAAAAUGGACAGGCCAAUUGCAGGAUAUGCUAACCUGUGUCCAAAUAUGAUCUCUACCCAACCUCAGGAGUUUUUUGGGAUGCUGUCUACAGUGAAACAUGAGAUUAUUCAUGCCCUGGGUUUCUCUGCUGGGCUAUUUGCAUUCUACCAUGAUAAAGAUGGAAAUCCUCUAACUUCAAGAUUUGCAGAUGGUUUCCCACCUUUUAACUAUAGUCUUGGAUUAUAUCAAUGGAGUGAUAAAGUAGUUCGAAAAGUGGAGAGAUUGUGGGAUAUUCGAGAUAAUAAGAGAGUUCCUCACACUGUGUAUCUUCUAGUAACACCUCGUGUUGUUGAUGAAGCACGAAAACAUUUUAACUGUCCAAUUCUGGAGGGAAUGGAACUUGAAAAUCAAGGUGGUAUGGGCACUGAGCUCAACCAUUGGGAAAAGCGAUUAUUAGAGAAUGAAGCAAUGACUGGUUCUCACACCCAGAACCGAGUCCUCUCUCGAAUCACUCUGGCGUUAAUGGAGGACACUGGCUGGUAUAAAGCUAAUUAUAGCAUGGCUGAGAAGUUAGACUGGGGCCGAGGAAUGGGCUGUGACUUUGUCAGGAGGAGCUGUAAAUUCUGGAUUGAUCAGCAGAGACAAAAGAGACAAAUGCUGAGCCCUUACUGUAACACGCUCAGAAGUAAUCCAUUGCAGUUAACUUGCAGACAGGACCAGAGAGCAGUUGCAGUGUGUAAUUUGCAGAAGUUUCCGAAACCUUUACCUCAGGAGUACCAGUACUUUGAUGAACUCAGUGGAGUACCUGCAGAAGAUCUGCCUUAUUAUGGUGGUUCAGUAGAAAUUGCUGACUACUGCCCUUUCAGUCAGGAAUUCAGUUGGCAUUUAAGUGGUGAAUAUCAGCGCAGCUCAGAUUGUAGAGUAUUGGAGAAUCAACCAGACCUUUCUAAAAACUAUGGUGCUGAAAAGUAUGGACCUCAUUCAGUUUGUCUAAUUCAGAAAUCAGCAUUUGUCAUGGAAAAGUGUGAAAGGAAGCUGAGUUACCCGGACUGGGGGAGUGGAUGCUAUCAGGUUUCUUGUUCUCCACAAGGUCUGAAGGUUUGGGUUCAGGAUACUUCAUAUUUGUGUAGUCGGGCCGGGCAGGUCCUCCCCGUCAGUAUUCAGAUGAACGGCUGGAUUCACGAUGGAAACUUGCUCUGCCCAUCAUGUUGGGACUUCUGUGAGCUCUGUCCCCCAGAAACAGAUCCUCCAACUACUAACUUGACCCGAGCUCUACCCCUAGAUCUCUGUUCCUGUUCCUCUAGCCCGGUGGUUACCCUUUGGCUUCUGCUAGGCAAUCUAUUUCCUCUGCUGGCUGGAUUUCUUCUGUGCGUAUGGCAUUAGGAAUGGAAAAGUGAAUUCUGAAGACAUUCCUUUGUGUCAUGUUCCUCUGAACAAAGCACAGAAUCUGGGCGAGUGCCAGCCUAUGCAGAUGACAGAAGUGGCAUUCCUGACUUUGGCUUGGAAGUGUUGACCACAAUCAGAUCUUGAAGCAGAGCUUCACAGCAGUCAUUCCUCAUCAGCAACCCAACAGCCUCAAAGUUUGCAGAAGGAGGAGGAAUUCCAAAUCACCAAGUCUCUUUAUUUUUCAGGAUAAAUACUCUUCUUGAAGUUUUCCUUUGAAAAUGGGAUAAUAGGUGAAAAUUUCAGUUAUUACAUACCUCAGCAUUUUCAUUAACCUAAAACAAUGGGAAAAUUCAUCACUGCUGCAAUAAUUUAAAGAACAGCUAAUCAUUGCAAGGUUAUAAGUUGUGGACCCUGUCCUCAAAAGUAUAAAUUGUCCUUUGACUUACAGAAAAUAACUUGAAUUGGGAUUUCUACAUCACUGUUACACCUAUUUUGAAUUUAACGACUGUAUAUGGUACACCUAAAUCAUUGUUCUCAUUGUUUUUUUUUUAAUUAUGUUUUGCUAAAUCUUAUGAUUUAACCAUGCUAGACUUUUCAAACCAGCUGUGUGGCAGUUUCCUGCUGAACCAUUAGGUGUUGGUAGCUGUAUCUGUACUCAUUGAUCUUCAGAGAGUAGCUUCCAGUUGUAUUCUCCAUUAGUUUAAUAAUGACUUGAAAAACUGGAAAGCAGAGAGAGAAAAAUACUCUGCCCUGUGAAAACAUUGAAGACAUGCAAAUAAAAGAAAACCUAAUUGUAUGUUUUUCAGAUAAUAGUUAUGACAACUGCAAUCCAACAAAAAUAGAACUUUCCUUUUUGACCAAUGAAGAUAAAAAGAAAUUCUGGUAUAGACAGAUAUGCAGUUAUUUUCAAGUGGGUUUAGGAGUCGUUACAGAAGAAUUUGACUAUCUGAAAAUUAUUUUAUGUGUAAGAAGAAAAGAUAUAAGUCAAAACAAGAUGGUCUGAAUUGUUUAUAGCAAAGUGUAGGUUUGGUGUAGGGCCUAUCCAAUAGGGUCCACUUUACCACACAGGGUAUGGCUUAGUCCACAGAAGUCAGAAGGUUGCCUUUGCUUCAAAAGGAGGUAAUGUCCUUUACCUCUUGUAUUUGACACUCUUUCUGUCACCCAUAGAUUCUGGUCCCCAGAAGCAAUUCUGCUCUUGUACUAGAGCUGACCAACCCUACUUAGUAAACCCAAUUUGAAAAUCUUUAAUGAUGAAUGAUGCCCAGUUUUUCUCUCUAAAGCUAAUGAAGUCCUGUGGCAUUAGAAACAUAGCCCUUGGACAUGCAUUCAUUCAUUCAUUCAUUCACUGGUUGGCCCUUUAAUUCAGCAUACAGUUAUUGAGCACUCAGUUUAAGAAAUUGUGCUAAGUGAACAAACAGCAUAAUUACUAAGGAGUAAUUCCAACUUAUUGUUUGGCACUGGAGCCAAACAGCAACUCCAGCAUAGAGGAAAGUCACCUUUUUUUAAAAAAUGCAUACAUUUAAAAUACUUAUUUGCCUACAAUCUUAAAUUGGAGGUAUUUGUCAUUGUGAAAAGCUGGGGGUCUCUAGCAUAGCCAGCCUCAGCUGAAGAAAAUCUAAUACCAAUGGUGUUUCUGCCUACGUUCUGCAUACUUUAAAUCAUGAAAAGUCAGAGAAAAAUGUAGAGUAUAUUUUUAAAGAAAGUUAUAAAAAUCUAAACUUAUAUACCCAAUGUGAUUAUGAAUCAUCCUACAAAGUUGUAUAAAGAAUUUCACCAAAAAUAAUAUGGAUUCAUAAUAUAUUUGAGACUCACAGUGAUAGGUUCAAUUAUAUUUUGACUGUUGUGCAGUAAUGCCAUUUAGGUAGUAUUGUUUCUGAGCAUGGUGCUUUUUAUACUUGAAAUAUAUUUUUGCUUUAUUUUUUAUUGAUAUAAUUAUAUUUGCACUAAUGACUUUCUGAAGAAAAUAUUAUUGAUGACGUUUUUUCUAUAUAUUUGUUAAGCUUGGAAUCUGGUAGCCCAGUGUUUUCUCUGCACAAAUGUAGAACCUGGUAAAGUAUGGUGUUAAGAAAUCUUGAGUUUUUGAGGGUAACUAACAGUGCUGGUGUCUUCCUUCCUCUUCAACAAGUCUUGAAAGUGGUUGCUUAUCACUGAUUCUGCAUAGUAUACUCAGUGAAGAUUUAGAAGGCCACUGAACCUGUAAGAAGUUUUAAGAGGCAUGGUUUAGUCCCUUAUAAUAUGAUAAAAUUCUAAAAUAAAAUUCUAAAAAGAAGGAUUUUUAAAAUCUGAAAUUUCAAUGCAGAAUUAGCAGGCUAGAAUUAAGGUUUGAACUGAAGAAUUUGAGAUGACCUAAAUUUCAAUAUCCUGUGGCAGGUAAUGCCCUUUAUGUUCACAAAACCAGUUCACUGAGAAAGAGACCAUGCAGACUGCAGCCAUGGUGGGAGUGAGGUGGGGCAGGGAAGGGGAAUGGGGAUAGCUGAUUUGAGGAUAGUAGACUGAAGUCCCUUUCUGACUCAAAAGGGUCAAGUGCUUAUAAAAACUGACUACCUCAGUUUUCAGUUCAGACUUAGGUUCAUUCUGAUAGUAUUAAGGUCCCAAUGUCAAAAUUAACAAGUGAAUUUGUCUCUCAGGUUUUCAAGAACAGAAUUUACAGGAAGGAAGCAAAAGCCAUGUCGCUAGACUUGAGCUGAUAGCUUUAAAAAAACUGGAAAGCAAUUAGGUAGUCUUAGUGUAGAUCCCUCUGUAUUCUCCUGAAAAACAUCCUUUUCCCUUACUUAUUUCUUAAGGAUACUUAUUUUUGUUAGGAUCAACUAGGCAUUCUAAAAAUGUUAUAAAUUAUGCUUAAGAUUAGUUUCAGCCUAAUAUGUUGGUUUAGAGUUUAUCAAUAUUUGAAAGUGAAACAUUAAUGAAGUUUAAAUAGUUUUAGGAAGAUACAUAAAUAAGUAUACCAGAGUAUUCCAUACAAUUUUAUCAAUAUUCUCUUCAAUAUUAGGAGACUCACUGAUUGAGACCAUCUGAAAAUGACUAGAUGCUUUCUCAGAAUCUUUCCAGCUCUAAUAUUCUGUGACUAAUAUUCAUGAAUAUUCAAAAUAUUCUAAUAUUCUGCAUGACUAAUUCAUGCAGAAUUGCUAGGUCACUGCUGGCUCUGACCCGCCUCCUGGAGUAUGCCAGCUUACACACCAUGCUCAUCGCAGUGUCCUGUGCUCAGUGCCUUAGCGCUGUCCUUGUCCUUGGACACUGAAUGGAGAGAGAAGAGCCCGUUUCUGAGGGCAUUUGAGUAGUCCUGGCAGGAGGAGGUGAACUUAAGUCACAGCCCCACAGACCUGUUUCACAGUUGGCACCAGUCAUCCGUGCCAUGUCCCUGCAGCCCAAGAGGACUAGCAUAUUUUAAUAAAGUCUGUGCUACUCAUUCUGAAGAAAUAACUUACCUGAAAGGAUGACCCUUUUUUUUUUUUUGAUACAUUUAGUCAGGGUUGGGGAGGGAGUGGUGAAUUAUUUUCUUUUUGUUUACAUUUUUAGUAAAUAAAAUAGAUUUAAGAACUAAUCUUUA